AUGGUUGUGGUUGACGCCGCCACCACCCUGAACCAGUUCAUCAGCUUCAUCACCAGCGAGUUUGAAGAGUUGCUUGCAAUCUAUUAUGGUUUGAAUCUAGCUUGGGACUAUGGCGCUCGCAAGGUGGAAUGUCAAUCGGAUUCCCUUGAUGCUGUGAAUCUUGUGUUGUCAAACCCUUCGCAGAGACACAUGUAUGCUUCCCUCAUAUGGGAUAUUAAGGACCUCUUAGCUCGUGCGUGGGAUGUGCAGCUUUACCAUACUCUCCGGGAGGGGAACGCUUGUGCUGAUUUCCUAGCAAACAUGGGGCGCAACAGAAUAACAAGCUCGUGA